AUGGACGACGAACUCGAUACCUCGAAAAUCAAAAGUUGGCGCUCAAUCAUUACUCUAAUUAUUUUUGUUAUUACUAAUAUUAUUGUGCUUUGCCCAUUCCAUAUUCCCGUAUACCUGCCUCGAUGGCUCACGAAUGGGUUUCUGGAUCUGUUGGCUUCCAUGCGCAUAAUACCUCGCCGAGCUCACCCUCAAUACAAUGAUAGCCAAAGCAUCUUUGUGAAGCUUCGCUUCCCAUUGAACUUUGUUACCGCUCCGUUGAUAGCAGAUCUUUUCCUGCUCGCCAUUCUGGCUAUUGGCCGAAAAGAAGUACACGAUGGAACUAUUGGGACACACGACAUUUCACCCAUUGAUAUCAUGGUCUUCUUCCUCACACUAGCUUACAUCGCUAUCUCGAUUGACGCCUCCGGUCUUAUCAGAUAUCUAGCUUUCAAGGUCCUUCAAAAGGCAGGCAAAGUCGGCCACCGGCUAUUCUUCUACCUGUUUGCGUUCUUCUUCGGAUUAGGUACCUUCAUUGGGAACGACCCAAUUAUCUUGUCCGGUACAGCAUUCCUUGCCUAUAUGACCCGGGUAUCAAGCAACAUCGUUCAUCCCAGAGCCUGGAUCCACAGCCAGUUUGCCAUAGCCAACAUCUCCUCCGCGAUUCUCGUCUCCUCUAACCCGACGAAUCUCGUCCUUGCUGGCGCUUUUAAGAUCAAGUUCAUUGUCUACACCGCAAACAUGAUCGUUCCUGUAGUUGUGACGGCAAUUGUUCUUUUCCCAUUCUUGUUAUAUGUCAUUUUCGCCGACGAGUCCCUCAUCCCCUACUCUAUCACGAUGCACGAGCUGUCAGAGGAAGCCAAAGCCAAAGCACCUGUGAAUCCCAACAUUCCUAAUGCUAGAGGAACGGCGGAAGAGGAAGAAGAGGCCGGCGAUGAACAGAAAAAGCAACUCUCUCUAGAAGAGAUCAUGAACCCAUUCUUGGACAAGAAAGGUGCUGCAUUUGGAGCGCUCAUUAUGGCUGCCACGCUUAUCACUGUGCUGGCAAUCAAUGCAUCGAGCCAGACGGGCGAAGAACAUCCCGUGUUCUGGGUCACAUUGCCGGCUGCUUUCGUUAUGUUUUGCUGGGAUGUCGCAUUCGGUUGGCUUCAUCGCCAUGAGACGCGCGAGAUCGCCGCCAAGGGCCGACAGGAAGUUGAAGAGGCACGGGCAGAGCGGGCAUUGCGGUCGGAACAACAAAGUCCAGAAACACGGGCUUUGGACCAAUCUGGACACUACGAUGCUCCGGGGAUGCGUCACCGCAGCGAUCAUACAGAUGAUGAUCUAUCCCUCGAGGCUGCCGAGAUCAGCCCAGCCUCGAAGAAUCCUUACCCACAAUGCGAAACUUCGUUGUCGGUCUCCGUCCUCGUGGACAAGGAAAGGUUCCCUGAGCUACCCUGUGAUUUGACAAAGAGUGGCAAGAAGCCAGUUCGAGCAUCUACUCCAGAGGCAUUGGACUCGAGACAAACUACCGACACUACUACCGAUGAGGAGAAGCGGGGAUAUCAGUAUCAUCAGGAAACUGGACCACCAACAUUGCUUUCGUUGUCCGCUGAUCUGUACCGCUGGUCACAGGAAACAUUCCCAACCGUGACAGUUGUAGUAUCACACAUGCCGUUUGCGCUGGUACCCUUCGCCUUUGCGAUGUUCGUCUUGGUGCAAGCACUUGUCACCAAAGGCUGGGUACCUGUGUUCGCCUAUGGAUGGGACCACUGGGUAGAGAAGACCGGGACAUUAGGCAGUAUUGGUGGAAUGGGAUUCCUAUCUGUCAUUUUGUGCAACGUGAGUCUUGAGGAAUAUGGUUACCCGCUUUUCUCCUGGUCUCGUAUUCAAAUAUCUAACGUGUUCCCUUCUGAUAUCCAGUUUGCCGGCACAAAUAUCGGCACUACAAUUCUCCUCUCCCGUGUGAUUCAAGCAUGGCAAGCAAUACACGAAGCCAGUGGUGUCCCCAUCAGCGAUCGCACAUGGUGGGCCACUGUAUACAGUAUGGCACUUGGUGUCAACUACGGUGCAUUCAGCACUGCGUUUAGUGCUUCACUGGCUGGAAUGCUGUGGCGGGAUAUCUUGGCAAGGAAACACAUUCGCGUCGGCAGUCUGGAGUUCGCCCGAGUGAACCUUCCCAUUAUUGCGAUCUCCAUGGUGGUUGGAUGCGCUGUUCUUGUUGGAGAAGUGUAUAUCGUCAGAAGCAACAAGCCUUACGUUCCGGCUGCAUGA